AUGACGGGCCCGGGGACAGCGGUGGCCCCCGGCCACCCCCGGGCACGAGGGGACGGAGGGGACGGUGACGCCGUGGAGGUGGCGGUGGCCCCAGCGAUGGCCCCCGGCGCUGGGGGGUGCGGAGGUUGCCCCAACUGCUCCGGAGCCCCUGACUCGGCCUGCGACCCCCCCGCCGACGCCCCGAUGCCGUGGCCGCCCCCCACGAGGCUGCCGGAGUCCCCCUUCCCCACGCCGGCGCUGGCGGUGCUGGACGCGGUGGCCGGGGGGCUGCUGGCCCCCAGCUGGUGGGCGCUGGACCGGCUGCUGGCCCUGCGUCCCACCACGGCGCAGCGGGCGCAGUGGCGCGGCCGGGGCGGGCGGUGUUGCGGGGUGGGCGUGCGGGUUCUGGCGGGGCUGGCGCUGGUGCCGGCGCUGCUGCUGUCGCUGCCCCUGGGCGCGCUGGGGCUGCUGCUGUGGCUGCCGGUGCAGGCCGCUCGCCGCCCCUUCGUGUACCAGCACUCGGCGGGCACCGCGCCCGCGCCGCCCUGGGACCCCCGGCACCGCCGCUGCUUCACCUUCCUCAGCGCCAACCUGUGCCUGCUGCCCGGCGGCCUGGCCAGGUUCAGCAACCUGGGCCGCACGCGGAGCCGCGCCCGGCGCAUCGCCCGGCUCCUGGCGCCCGGCACCCCCGAGGAAACUCCCGGAGACCGCGCCGGGCUGCUGGAGCCGCGGCAAGGGGAGCCCAAGGGCUACGGGGGCACACUCGGCACUGCGCGGUCGUGGCGCGGCCCCGGCGCUCGGGGGGACCCCGGGGUGGAGAUGGCGUGGGAGGUGCUGGCGGAGGAUCCGGUGAUGGUGGCGUACCCAGCACCGGGGCUGGAGGUGCCGGCGGCCAAUCCUUCCCCCGUGGCCAGCCCCUCGCUGACGGCGAACGCGACGCCUUGGCUGGAGAUGGCGGUGACCGACCCAGCAGCGACGGCCAGCCCGUCACCAGCAGACAGCUCGGUGCCAACGCUGGCGAUGCCGAUGUCCAGCCCAACGCCGGGACCCGUCCCACCCCCGGAGUCCCCCGCGGUGCCGUCGGUGCUCUCGGAGCACAUCCCGCCGGACACGGACUUCGUGUGUCUGCAGGAGGUGUUCGACGGCGCCGCGGCCGCCGUCCUGCGCCGGCAGCUGGGCCGCAGGUUCCCGUUCGUGCUGUGGGGGGUGGGCCCGGGGGGGCUGCGGCAGCGACGGCUGCGGGUGCUGGGCAGCGGGCUCGUCCUGGGCAGCCGCUUCCCGCUGCUGGCCGCCCGCUUCCAGCCCUUCCCCAACGGCGCCCGCGAGGACGCGCUGGCCAACAAGGGGCUGCUGCUCGCACAGGUGCUGCUGGGGUCGGCGCGGGGGCGGCGCCUCGUGGGGUUCAUCGGCUGCACCCACCUGCAGGCGCCGGCGUGUGAUGCCACCAUCCGUGACGUGCAGCUGACCCUGGUGCUCCGGUGGCUCCGGGAGUUCCGGCAGGAGCAGGAGCAGCGUGGGGACCUGGUGGCCUUUGACGUCCUCUGUGGGGACCUCAACUUUGACAACUGCUCCCAGAGUGAUGCGCUGAACCAGCAGCACCGGCUCUUCGAGGAGUACCAGGACCCCUGUCGCCUGGGGCCAGGCCAGGACCAACCCUGGGCCAUAGGGACUCUGCUCAACUACCUCAAGAUCUACGAGGAGCCCGUGUCCACCCCUGAGAAGAUGAAGAGGACGCUGUCCCAGCCCUGGGGGCGGCAGCAGUACCUGGCGGGGCCCAUCCUGUGCAACGGGGACCCCGAUCCCGCCGCCCCCCGGCCCUGGCAGGGCCGGCGCGUGGACUACGCGCUGCACCGCAGGCACCCGGCGCUGUCUACCGAGGUGGCCGCGGUCUCCGUCAUCACCCAGCUGGCCACGUUCUCCGACCACCUGCCCGUGGCUCUGCGGCUCUGGGUGGGACCCGCCGGCCCCUGA